GCUAAUGUUAUCUUGGUUCGUUGAUCUUCUCGGUGUAAUCGAUGUUUAAUGGGGAAAAUGCUCAUGGGUUCGCUGAUUUUCGCAUUGUAAUCGAUGUCUGAUAGGAAAAUGCAGAUGGGUUUCGUGAUUUUAUGAAGGAAAGUUCUGGCAAUGGCGGCUACAGUAGCUUCAAGCAUGCAAAUUGCCGCAACAAGGCCAUGCCUUUCGGCUUCCCCUAAAGUUCUUAUGGCCGGAACCAACAGUUUUGGUUUUAAUCCUAAAGCUGCAUCAUGGGAUAGACUUACUAGUGCUUGCCAUUUAUCGAACCUUGCACCUUUGAAAAAGCAGAGUCUUGCAGCAACUCUGGGGAAACCCGUUACCUUUGUCACAAAGGCUAUGUCUGAGUCCAAUGAAACUAAAGCUUCCUCUGGGUUGCCGAUUGAUCUGACAGGCAAAAGGGCUUUCAUUGCUGGUAUAGCUGAUGAUAAUGGAUAUGGUUGGGCCAUAGCAAAGUCUCUUGCUGCUGCUGGAGCUGAGAUAUUAGUUGGAACAUGGGUUCCUGCCCUUAACAUUUUCGAGACAAGUUUGAGACGUGGAAAAUUUGAUCAGUCACGCGUGUUGCCUAAUGGGUCAUUGAUGGAAAUCAAGAAGGUUUAUCCUUUAGAUGCUGUGUUUGAUAACCCUGAUGAUGUGCCUGAAGAUAUCAAAACGAAUAAGCGGUAUGCAGGAUCAGCAAACUGGACAGUACAGGAAGCUGCUGAAUGUGUGAAACAAGAUUUUGGAAGUAUAGACAUUCUUGUGCAUUCCCUCGCAAACGGGCCAGAGGUUAGCAAACCUCUUCUAGAGACCUCGAGGAAAGGGUAUCUUGCUGCUUUGUCUGCUUCGAGUUACUCCUUUGUCUCCCUGCUUAAGCAUUUUCUGCCUAUAAUGAACCCAGGAGGAGCUUCUGUAUCUCUUACCUACAUUGCCUCUGAAAGGAUUAUUCCCGGGUACGGUGGUGGUAUGAGUUCUGCAAAGGCCGCCUUAGAGAGCGAUACCCGAGUUCUCGCCUUUGAGGCUGGAAGGAAACACAAUAUUCGGGUCAACACCAUCUCGGCCGGUCCAUUGGGAAGCAGAGCAGCGAAAGCAAUCGGGUUCAUAGACACCAUGAUCGAGUACUCCUACGCCAAUGCACCUAUUCAGAAAACCCUUACCGCAGAUGAAGUGGGAAAUGCUGCAGCUUUCUUAGCAUCCCCCCUGGCUUCUGCCAUUACAGGUGCAACCAUCUACGUCGAUAAUGGCUUGAACGCCAUGGGCGUCGCGAUGGAUAGCCCGGUUUUCAAAGAUCUCAACAUCCCGAAAGCCGAGAACUGAGCUCGGUUAUUACAAAUCUUUCGAGUUAGGUUGGGUUUGGGAUCUUCAUUUUGUUUCCUUUUCUUCUCUAUAGAGGACUUAAGGGCUUGCCUGCCGUUGAUGGCUGGCUCCUCAGGAACUUUAGAUUUUUGUUGCCAAGUCAUUGGAUGGUGAAAGACCUAUUUAUCGUUUCUAUGAUGGAGAGCCUCUGUUGAA